UAAGAACAUAUGGAAAAUACAUAAAGAUGAUAAUAAAGCAGCUCAAAACCUAAAUUUGGUCGAAGCGGAACAAGUACAACAGUCUUCUCUUCUUCAACAAGUUCUUGUUUUUUCUCUCUGUAUCUGAAGUAGCUACUUUCUCACUGUAUCCCAUUAAAGAGAUCAUGGAGGAACUUGAUCUUAUCAAACAAGAGACUAUGGAUGAACUUGAUGAAAGCCUUAAUCAACAUGAGAAUGAGGUAGUACCCGAGGACUUACUCCUUGAGGUGAAAGAAGAACCAUCACUCGUUGAGGUGAACCAAGACCAAGACCAAGACCCAGACCAAGACCAAGACCAAGACCCAGACCAAGACCAAGACCAAGACCAAGACCAAGACCCAGACGAAGAGGAAGAGCAAGAGCAAGAGCAAGAGCAAGAGCAAGAUCAAGAGCAAGAGCAAGAUCAAGAUCAAAAACAGGAACAAGUGCAGGAACAAAAACAAGAACAAGAAGGUGUUGCUGUUACUGGAGGUGGUGGUGAAAGGUGGCCAGGGUGGCCUGGAGAAAGUGUAUUUCGUAUCUUGGUCCCUUCACAAAAAGUAGGUGGCCUUAUUGGACGCAAAGGAGAGUACAUCAAAAAGAUUGUUGAAGAAUCAAAAGCUCGUAUUAAGGUUCUCGAUGGUCCUCCAGGGAUUACUGAGAGAGCAGUAAUGAUAUCUGCCAGGGAGGAGCCUGAAUCCUCUCAUCCACCUGCUAUAGAUGGUCUUCUGAGGGUCCAUAGACGUGUUGUGGAUGGGCUGGAGAAUGAUUCUUCUCAUCCUCCUCCAACUGUAGCUGGAAAGGUCUCGACAAAGCUGCUUGUGCCAGCUUCACAGGCUGGAAGUCUUAUUGGAAAACAAGGGACAACCGUCAAGUCCAUUCAAGAAGCAUCCAGUUGUAUUGUUAGAGUUCUUGGAACAGAGGACCUUCCCAUGUUUGCACUUCAAGAUGAUAGGAUAGUUGAAGUAGUCGGGGAACCUAUUGGUGUACACAAGGCAGUUGAGUUAAUUGCUUCUCACCUGAGGAAAUUUUUGGUUGAUCGUGGCAUAAUCCCAGUAUUUGAGAUGCAAAUGCAAAUGCCACCAAAUCCACCUGCGGAACACAUGCCACCUCCCCAAACUUGGGGUCCUCCUCCCCAAGCUUUCCCACAAAGCGCUGCUGGAGGUCCGGGAUAUGGUAAUAGUCCUCAUUUCAUGCCACCAUCCAGACAACAUGAUAAUUAUUACCCACCAGCUGACAUGCCACCUCCUAUGGAAAAACAACCUCAUCAAGGCAUUUCUGCAUAUGGAAGAGAAGCUCCAAUGUCAAUGCAUUCAUCAUCCAACAACCCAGCAGCACCGUCUCUUAUUACUCAGAUUACACAGCAGAUGCAGAUCCCACUGGCCUUCGCUGAUGCUGUGAUUGGAACAAAUGGUGCAAGCAUAAGCUACAUCCGACGGGUUAGUGGUGCUACUGUUACCAUACAGGAAACAAAGGGCGUUCCUGGGGAGAUGACUGUUGAGAUCAAUGGAACUGCUUCUCAAGUCCAAACAGCACAACAAUUGAUACAGAAUUUCAUGGCAGAUGCAGGGGCACCUCAGCCACAGACAGGUCCACCAGCUGACCAAGGCUACAACCCGUAUGGAGCUCCUCCUCCUUCUAUGUAUUCAUCUGCCCCUUCAAAUGCAGGCGUUCCGGGGCAAUCUGGGGGCUAUGGUUCGAUGUAUGGCAACAAUUAUGGUUAUUGAACUGGAUCUGUCUGCAUUUAAUUUGGCGAACAAAACUAAUAAUCCUUUCGCGAGGGUGUUUUGUAUUUUGUGUUGUACUCUUCAGUUAGGCCUAGUGACAUGGAAUUACUAUAGAUAGCGUGAUGUAUGCAUUAGGCUCGUUUUACAAUCUUCAAUCUACAAAAAUGCUUACUUUAUUGU